AAAUAAAUAUUAAAACAAUAUGAACUGCCUGGGAUGCGCUUGGCAGUCUGCAGUAGUAUUAUUACUUUUAAUGAAUGCAAGUCCUGUUACAUCAUCCGACGAAUCGUUGUUCCCUCGAUUCGUGGAACCGGUGCCCAACGUUACGGUGACUGUCGGAAGGGACGCCCUUCUCGCGUGCGUCGUCGAGGAUCUUAGAGGAUACAAGGUCGCAUGGGUACGUGUAGACACUCAAACAAUUCUGAGCAUCCAUCACAAUAUAAUAACCCAGAAUCCGCGAAUCAGUCUGUCGUACAACGACCACCGCUCAUGGUAUCUACACAUCAAGAACGUACAAGAGGUAGAUCGCGGCUGGUACAUGUGUCAAGUCAACACCGAUCCUAUGCGCUCAAGGAAAGGUUACCUACAAGUCGUUGUACCGCCCAUGAUUAUCGACAAUAUGACUUCUACGGAUAUGGUUGUCCGGGAAGGAACAAAUGUUACCAUGGUUUGUAGAGCCACAGGCUACCCUGAGCCCUAUGUCAUGUGGAGACGUGAGGAUGGUCAGGAGUUUAAUUGCAAUGGUGAAUCAGUGAAUGUAGUUGAUGGUGAGAAUCUAACUAUAUCGAAAGUAUCAAGACUACACAUGGGAGCAUAUCUUUGCAUCGCUUCCAACGGCGUGCCGCCUUCGAUCAGUAAACGAGUCGUAUUAAUGGUACAGUUCCCGCCGAUGUUAUCGAUCCCGAAUCAGUUGGAGGCUGCAUAUGUAGGGCAGGACGUAACGCUGGAAUGCCACACAGAGGCCUACCCAUCCUCUAUUAACUACUGGACCACGGACCGUGGAGAUAUGAUCAUAUCUGGUAACAAAUAUAUAACAGCAUUAAACGACGAUAGUUAUAGUCGAAAAAUGAAACUGACUAUACGUAAAGUAUCGUCCAGGGAUUUCUCAUCUUACCGUUGCGUAGCUAAGAAUUCCCUCGGUGAGACGGAUGGUCUUAUUCGACUUGACGAAAUUCCAGCUCCAUCAACAACAAGUACUACAAUUAAUUACGUCCCGACAUUUCCUCAACGAAAAAAAGGUAAACACAAGAACCGAUGGCGAGAUACUUCAGCAGAAAAUAGAGUUAUAGGAGAUUAUGAAGUUGAGGAAUGGAAAGAUAUUGAUUAUGAAUCAACUCAAUCUUCUAGUUCUUCUAGGAUUCAUGGCUUCAUUUACAGCACUUUUGCCGUGGCCCUUCUUAGCUGA